UUGACCAUUCGAUUUACAACUGUCCCCCAUAAUCGUCAUUAUUUAUUUUUGUCAGUUAAAAAAAAAUCAAGUGUAUCUUCAAGUUUGAAGAUUAAUUUUAUUUAACUUUGACAUUUUUUGAGUGUGAGAGGUAUUGUGUUAUUUGUUCGUUUGGAAUGUCAUGAAUUAUUCCUGUUUUUGAUAAUUACUAUUGCAUUUUUUUUCUAAAUCAUCGAGUAUUUGAUGCUAAACAAAUCAAAAAUGUUAGUUAACCGAUAUAAUUUAAACUUUUCGCAUAUUAUCAUUAUUAUUAUAUCGAUUGCAAUCGUAAUUAGUGUUGAUGCCCUACAUCAACGACAACAACCUAAUCCAAUACAAUCAUUAGUUCUUCGACGAUUUGCCUAUCCACCCGUUAUACAUUCAAUACGUAUGGCUAAAAUUACAGCCAAAUUUGAUCAAAAUUCAAAUCAAAACAAAACAACAACGUCAUCUAUAAAUAAUGGAACCAUUAUUCAAUCUUCUGCACAACAUUCAUUACCACCGUCAAGAUUACCGGUUCCCGAUUAUUCACAUUAUGAUCAUCAAAGAGGUCUGAUUAUAUUGAAUCGUUUGGUGAAAGAAUCAUUUUUAAUACCAACAUGGAAUGAAUUAUGGAAUAAUCGCAAUGGUCGAAGACGAAUAUUUUCAGAUUUACCGACCUACAUAGGAAAAGUGAUUCGUGGCCUAACUAAUCUAACAAUGGCCAUCGGUCGAACAAUUAAUUCGGAAAAUGGAAAUGGUUCAUUAUCUCGUUUGAUAACACAUCGUUUAGUUGGUGUUUCGGAAUCAUUGAUGGGCUGGGUCGAAAGAUCUGUUGAUGAUCUGCCAAGCAUACCUCGUUUAGAUGCUCAAGAAUGUAUGAAACGUUCAAUUUGUGAAGCACAUAAUCAACCUAAAAAAUAUGGUGCUGUCGGUUUGAUUAUACAAUUAUUCUUUCCGCCAUAUUUAGAUGUGGAAGAUGCAAACAAAAUCGUAUCCAAAUAUCAAUUGGCUGCACGUUAUGGACGUGGAGAAAAUGCCAAUUGUGCUGCACAAUACGAUGAUUGUAUGGUCAAUGUUUUGGAUAUUCUACAGGGAGCCAUCAAUAUGAUCUUCUAGAAUUAAACUAAAACAGGUGAUAUAUUCUCAAAUAUAGAUAUCAACCGAAACUAAAUGAUUAUUUAUUGGUUCAAAUUU